AUGUCUUGGGGAUAUGACAAAGAUAAUGGUCCCGAAACCUGGGCCAAGACUUUUGCAGCAGCCCGAGGCCCCAGACAGAGCCCUGUGAAUAUUGAAACUGGCUGGGUCACCUACGAUGAAAACCUGGCCAAUCACCCUCUACAGAUCAACUACAAGGUGGAGCCGUCUCUGCUGCUGGAAAACCCUGGCCUGUCCUUCAAAGCUCAUAUCUCAGCGGACUCCACUAUCACUGGAGGUCCACUAUUGAAUGACGUCUUCAAGCUGGUACAGUUCCACUUUCACUGGGGCCAUGAUGACAAGACGGGCAGUGAGCACACAGUCAAUGGGAAGAGUUAUCCCUGCGAGCUACAUCUGGUCCACUACAAUGCAAGCAAGUACAAGAGUCCUGCAGAGGCAGUCACACAGAGCGACGGUCUGGCAGUUAUUGGAGUCUUCAUUAAGGUUGGUGCUGAGGAGCAUGCAGGGUUCAAAGUUCUGUCAGAAAAUGCCCAAAAAGUUAAAUGCAAGGGCUGCAAGUGUGAUACCGGUGUUCCUUUCAACCCCGCCUCUCUGCUGCCAGAAAACACAUCCAGAUACUGGACCUAUGAAGGCUCUCUGACCACACCACCUUGUAAUGAGAGUGUCACCUGGAUUUUGUUGCAGAAGGAGAUCUCCGUGUCAGCCGAGCAGAUGCGUGCUCUGAGGAACCUGUGCUGUGAUGACUGUGGGGCCACACCAAUCCCUGAUAACUACAGACCACCCUUGCCUCUGGGAGCCAGGGGGAUCAAGUCUUCCUUCGUCUACUAA